AUGCUUUUUGCAAAUCAAGCACAACAGGUGCUUCGGGAGGGAGCCUCGGAGGAGAAGGGCGAGCGUGCACGCUUGAUGAAUAUUAUGGGUGCCAUAUCUGUUGCGGAUAUCGUAAAAACUACAUUGGGUCCCAAAGGUAUGGAUAAAAUUCUUCAAGGCAUGGAUCGCACUCAAAGCGUUCGUGUAACCAACGACGGAGCCACUAUUCUCAAGUCGCUUUUUAUGGAUAAUCCUGCUGGGAAGAUUCUCAUUGACAUGAGCAAAACCCAGGAUGAUGAAGUUGGCGAUGGCACAACUAGUGUAACUGUACUUGCCGGUGAACUUCUCCGCAAUGCUGAAAAGCUUCUUGAUCAGUCUAUUCACCCACAAACUAUCAUUGAAGGUUAUCGCCUUGCUACUCAGGUGGCUCGUGAGGCUCUUGUUGCUUCAUCUGAAGAUCACGGUGAUGAUGAAAAAAUGUUUUACGAGGAUCUUUUGCGCAUUGCAACAACGACUUUGAGUUCCAAAAUUAUUACAGUGGAAAAGGAACAUUUUGCAAAACUUUGUGUGGAUGCCGUGUUACGGUUGAAGGGAAGUGGGAACCUUGAAAUGAUUAACAUUAUGAAGAAACUUGGAGGAACUCUUUGUGACAGCUAUCUUGAACCCGGCUUCCUGUUGGAUAAAAAAAUUGGGAUUGGUCAACCUCACUACCUUGAAAACGCAAAGAUAUUGGUCGCUAAUACUCCCAUGGAUACUGAUAAAAUUAAGAUUUUUGGAGCCAAGGUUCGGGUUGAUAGUGUAGCACAGCUUGCAGAGGUGGAGGCCUCAGAAAAGGAAAAGAUGAAAAACAAAUGUAUGAAAAUUAUUAAACAUGACAUUAAUUGUUUUAUCAACCGCCAGCUGAUCUAUAAUUAUCCAGAAGAAAUUUUUGCUCAGCAUGGUAUUAUGGCUAUUGAGCAUGCAGACUUUGAAGGAAUUGAGCGACUUGCCAAAGCCCUUGGUGCUGAUGUGCUUUCACAAUUUGAUGAAACAGAAAAUGUGAAAUAUGGGUUUGCACAAAAAAUUGAUGAGGUCAUGAUUGGAGAGAGUACAGUUAUUCGCUUUUCUGGACUUCCCCAAGGUGAGGCAUGUACUAUUGUUAUUCGUGGCACAUCGAAGCACAUUUUGGAUGAAGCGGAACGUUCUAUACAUGAUGCACUUUGUGUUAUUUCACAAACAAUUAAUGAGACCCGGACAGUUUUGGGAGCAGGCUGCUCGGAGUUUGUGAUGGCACGAGCUGUAGAGGAAAAGGCUAAAACAACGCCAGGUAAGAAACAGCUUGCAAUGCUUGCCUUUGCCAAUGCUCUUCGCACUCUGCCAGCUAUCAUUGCUGAUAAUGCCGGUCUAGACAGUAAUGACCUGGUUACACGUUUACAGGCGGAACAUUACCAAGGUCGUAAUACCUUUGGUAUUGAUGUUGUCAAGGGUGAUGUGGCAGAUGUGAAGGCUCUCGGCAUCACAGAAUCAUUUAAGGUAAAGAGUUCGGUAUUGGGCUAUGCUUCAGAGGCUGCAGAAAUGAUUCUUCGCGUGGAUGAUGUCCUCCGAGCUGUUCCACGCAAGCGAACUCAAUAG